UAGGUCUCUGAGAAAAUUGAUAGUCUCUACGAGUGACAAACAAGAUCCGUGAAGGACGUAGAAAUCGAGUAUAAAUCUUAAAGAUAAGACGGUAUAUAGCACCGAGUCUUGCGAUGCUCGGAACAAAAGGUGCACUUCGAUCUCAAAUACCCAGCGGGUCGAAUAGUGGUGUGUCUUGGUGUGUCGACGGGAGGUUUCCAUUGAGCGACAGAAGUCACAAUAGAAGAGAAGAGCCGUAAAUGGAGUCGUGUGAUAUUAUAGAAUCGGUUGCUGCGACGAAUCCAGCAGGAGCGCUGAGCUUGUACGAGAAGGACGCGAUGAUGGGGGCCGACUCGAAGGUUGACGCGUCCCAGCGGAUGUUGAACGUGGACGAGCCGCUUCAGGAAGGCAAGAAGCUCCAGCAGUACGUCUCGAGUCUGGUCGUGUGCCUGACGGCGAUACAGAGUGGAAUGACCCUAGGAUGGUCUUCGCCAAUAUGCCCAUACCUGAAGAGCGGCCAGUCCUUCCUGCCGGCGAUCACCGACGAGGAGGAAUCCUGGAUAUCGUCGCUGCUGGCCAUUGGUGCCAUCGUGGGUGCAGUGCCGUUCGGUAAGGUUGCUGACAGGAUCGGUAGGAAGAAGGCAGUCGUCAUCCCGGCCUUGCCUUACCUCGUGUCCUGGGGUCUGCUGAUCUUCACCAGGAACCUCAUGUGCAUUUACCUGGCAAGAUUCGUCGCGGGCAUCGGUACCGGCGCCGUCUUCGUCCUGGUGCCAGUCUACGUCGGCGAAAUAGCUGAGACCUCCAUCCGUGGCGCCCUUGGGAUCUUCCUGCCCCUCUUCUUCUCCUUCGGCCUAGUCUACGCGUACACGGCUGGGGCCUACGUCAACUACAUCAGCUUCAACGUGACCUGCGCCCUGAUGCUGGUACCGUUCCUGAUCUGCGUACCGUUCAUACCGGAGUCGCCGAUGUGGCUCGUGCACAAAGGCAGAAAACUGGAGGCCAGCAAGGUCCUGGAGGUACUACGUGGUCCAGACUACGACGUCAAGCGUGAAAUCUCCAUCCUCCAGGAGGAGGUCAGCGAGCAGGAGAAGAAAAAGGGUGGCUUCCGUGACAUCGUGAAGACCAAGGCCGGUCGCAAGGCCAUGGUCACUUGUUUAGGCAUCAUGUGGUUCCAGCAAGCUUCCGGCGUGGACGCGAUACUCUUCUACACGGUGUUGAUCUUCAAGGACGCCGGAAGUACCAUAGAUCCCAACUUAGCGACUAUCGUAAUCGGCAUGAUCGAGGUCGUCAUGACUGUCAUCGUAGCCUUGGUGAUCGACAAGUAUGGCCGUAAGCCCUUACUAAUAGUUUCCGGUUCCGCUAUGGCCCUGUGCCUCGGUGUCUUCGGCUACUACUUAAAACUCAAGGAUGACGGUACCGACGUCACCUCCAUAGGAUGGCUGCCCUUCACCUGCCUGUCGCUCUUCAACGUCGUCUUCUCCGUCGGCUUUGGCGCCGUGCCGUUCACCAUAAUCAGUGAGAUAUUCCCUCUGGAGACCAAAGGCGUCGCCACGAGCAUAUGCAUAGUGUUCAGUUGGGCCCUUGUGUUUACCGUGACCAAAUUGUUUCCCCUGCUCGAUGAGAAACUUGGUUCGGCAGUGACGUUCUGGAUUUUCGCUGGUUUCUGCGCGAUGGCCUCGCUCUUCACGUAUUUCUUCGUACCGGAGACCAAGGGCAAGUCCAUCCAGCAGAUACAGAAGAAGCUCAGGCGCAGAAAGAACCAGGUCAAAAGUAGUCACGCAGUCUGAACUUCAUUAAGGGACGGAGCAAGGACCGCCCAAACAACAAAGCCAGCCCCAUCAUCCGGGCAUACAGUCGGGGGAGCAGGAUCCUCGACCUCGUGUCCUUCGCCGGAUACGGCACUCGAACAAUACGUCGCAGGGUAUUGUCGCUCGCGUUCAAUUGCAAUGCAAUUACUUUAGUUCCCUUUAAAAGUCUAACUUAAUAAUGGACAAGCCUACCCCGUUCGAAGAGUCUCGCGGGAGGUGCUUACACCUAGUAUUGUAUAUACACGUAUAAAUAUACCCACAAAGAGCCACAUCAGCGAGCUACCACCUACCGUCAUUGACUUCGCUGAACUGACUGGACUAGCUGUCGCCAGCUAGUACACCCAAUGCUCCUUAAGAGAAUCGAUUGACUCGCAUCGACACCUUCGCUAUGGCUUGUUCACAAUACACUACUACUCUUCAGCCUCGGCUACAGCCUGCAUCGAUUCCUCUCCCUUAAGAGAAAAAAAAAAGAAAAAAAAAGA